AUGUUUAUUCGUUUUCUUUUACAACUUGCUAUUUUUUGGUUUAGUAUUCAUUUAUUCAAUUAUCUCUUAUUACGUUUUCAAGCUACAAAACGUUCCUAUCUUCGUUUACUUCGUUCAUUAGGUUGUCAUAUAUCAAUAUUGAAUAUAACUUUUCAUACAACUUCAUUCAAUCGACUUUUUUAUCGAAUUGGUUCAAAUAAUUCACGUCUAUGGAAAAUAUGGUUUACUCUAGGAAUAUUUAUUGCAUUUCUAACAGCUAUUUGUGCAUGUUUAACAUUAAUCUUUUUACCUAUGAAAUAUAUUUAUGAUUUUCAACAAGCAAAUUUAUUUUCAACAUCAAAUUUAACAAAUAACAAUGAACGUGAUAAAUUACUCAUUCAACCUAUCAUUCCUGGUGUUAAUGUACCCUUAGAACAACUAGGACAUUUUUUUCUGGCACUAUUAGUAUGUACUGUUUUUCAUGAAUUUGGACAUGCUGUAGCAGCAACAGCUGAACAAGUUCGUUUAAAUGGUUGUGGAUAUUUUGUAUUGAUUCUCUAUCCAGGUGCUUAUGUUGAUUUAAAUCAUGAACAAGUAUUAAUGAUUUCAGCUUAUAGACAAUUAAGAAUUUAUUGUGCUGGUAUUUUUCAUAAUAUCGUUCUUGUUCUUGUUGCUGUUGGAUUUCUUCUUAUACAUCCAAUUUUUCUUCGUCAUUUUUUUAUUGAAACAGCAAUAGUUUCUGGUAUUGCAAAAAAUUCGCCAAUUUCGAAUCUUCUUCCUAUUCAUUCAACAAUUGAAUCUAUUGAUGGUUGUUUAAUACAUACAUCGAAAGAUUGGUAUCAAUGUUUACGCUCAAUUCGUGAUCAACAUUCUCAAAAGAGUAGUGGUUAUUGUUUAACUCAGGCUGAAAUUCAAUUACUUUCAAGUCAUAUUGAAUUAAAUCAAACAAGUAAUUAUGAUUGUUGUCAAAAUUUAUCUCAAAAAAAUUAUUGUUUUCUCUAUCAUUCCGAUCAAGAUUCACAUCAAAAUGGUGCAUGUAUGGAAGCUCGUAGUGUUACAAAACAUAAUUCAUGUUUAUUAAAUAGUGAUUGUCAAAUACAAGGCAAUGAUUUCUUAUGUGUUCAUCCAUUUUCAGCUGAUAAUAUAACACGUUUAAUACGAAUUUCACAUAAUCAAGGUCCAGUCAUAUUAUUUGUUGGUUCAAUUAAUGAAAUCUAUCGAACAAUUACUAUUCAAUCUUAUCAAGCUAAAUAUAACUUCAUUCCAACAAUUCUCAUUAGUGAUAUUCCAUUAUUUUUUCAGUAUGUCGGUGCAUUUUCAUUUGCUCUUGCAUUUUUUAAUGCAGUACCAUGUUAUGGAUUAGAUGGGCAACAUAUAUUAUCAUCAUUAAUUGAAUAUCUUUCACCAAAUUUAUAUCGAAAAUAUCGUUCUCAUUUAACAUUAGGUUUAAUUUUUGGUACAGGUCUUCUUAUUAUUAACGUUUCAUUAGCUUUUGCACGGUAUUUUCUUUAA